AUGCCGGGCGGGCCGCGCUCGCUGCGGGCCCGGAGCGGCGGCACCGGGACAGCGCCGCCUCCAGCCCCGGUUCCCCUCAUGCCCGCGGCCCCGCCGCAGAGGGAGCGCGGUCGCGCCCGGCCGCUCGUGCCGCUGGUGUACGUGAACAGCUUCGGCUCGCACCGCUGCGGCACCGUGCUCCGCCUGGGCCGGGGCUGCCGGCAGAGCCCCCCAGGCCGGGCUGGGGCCCCGAGGGCCGCCCCGGAGCCGCGGGCCAGGCCCAGGCCCAGCCCCGGGCCGGGCAGCAGCGGGAGGCGAGCGGGGAGCGGCGGCCAGGGGAGAGCCGGCAGCCGCAGCAGCAGCGAACACAUUGUAAAUACUCAAAAAAUGCUUUCUAAACUCUUUCCAGGUGACCCUCAAGAAGCUAAGGCUGACACCUUUGACUUUCCCAUCCCUUCAAGAAACGCUGAUAAAGUCAUUAAACGAAAGAAGAAAAAGUCCAAAGUCUGGCACAAGGUCUGGAAAGUGAUUAAAAAAAUGCUUGAAGAAAAUGAAAGGUUCAGAAGUCGACUGUUGACCUGCAGCCAGUUUGAAGGAGAAGGCUCUAACAGGAUCCAGAGGUCACAGAAUGGGGCAUACCUGGACAGGGAUGAGUCCAUCUUUGGCUGGGUGUAGCAAGAAAAGAAAGGAAGAUUCAGCCUCAAAGGAAAUACAAACAAAGGGAAAGCUUUUAUUUUGAUCUAGUUCUUCCUGGAGUCAGUGCAAGACUGCAAAGUGACUUCAGGGAACACAGGUUCUCUGUUGUUUGCUUGGUGUUUGUGCUUCUGCUGUUUAAGAGGUUUGUUUUUACAGUGGCUUAAACAGCUCUGUUGCAAGAUAUUUAUCUCAAGCCAUUAAAUCUGGUGUUUCACUGAGCUAUUAGUUUUAGAAAGCUUUUUAAUGAGCAUAAUAUUGUGACAGUUUGCUUGCAAAGGAAAAGAUACACAUUUACUGUUGUCUAUGUAUUUAUAUCUUUUAUUUUUGUAGCUUGUCAGAAUAAUAAACAUAAAUUCAGUAAGGCAGAACUCCACACAAGACAUAAACCCCACUUUCCUUUUUUCCUGGUUUGCAUAAAUUUGACUUGAUGAUAUUAAAAUAUUACACAAUAACCCUCUCUGUUCUUUCAUCCAUUUAUACAUGAAUCUCAGUGAGUAUUUGGAAUAUGAAACCAGGUGAAUAUUUUCUCUCUCCUGUUCAUCCUGAGGCACAUAAUGGUACCAUCACAAUCAGGAGGUGUUGUUUAUCUACCUGACUUCAAUAACACAAUAUCAUUUUCUUCUGUUCUGCAGCUUAAUACUUGAACCCUUGAUUGACUGUUAAAGCCUUUUAAGCCAGCAAAUUGUGUGAAUGGAACAUGAAAACUGCAUAAAAAUAGUUAUGUAUAUGGGGUUCAUCUUGGGAGUAAAACAUUCACCUGUCACAAUGAGACGUCCUGGCU